AUGAUGAGACACGCCGCCCUCUCUCUGGCCCUCGGCCUGGCCUCCGCGCAGACCUUCUCGGCCUGCAACCCCGUCAAGGGCGACAAGUGUCCCGCCAACGUGGCCUUCGGCGGCGAAGCAAACUACGACUUCCGCACCGCCAAGUCCGUCGACGCCCUCGAGUCCUUCUUCAUCGUCGACGGCGGCGUCAAGUGGAACCAGAAGCUCAUGUCCUUCAGCGACGACACGGGCGCCCAGAUGACAAUCUUUGACGAGCAGAACGCCCCCACCCUCACCUCCGCGCCCUACCUCUUCUUCGGCAAGGUCGAGGUCGAGCUCCAGGCCGCCCCCGGCCGCGGCAUCGUCACCAGCGUCGUCCUCCAGUCCGACGCCCUCGACGAGAUCGACUGGGAGUUCGUCGGCGCCGACCAGAACCACGUCCAGACCAACUUCUACGCCCUCGGCAUCAACGACUACGGCCGCGCCAGGUACUACGAGGUCGACUUCAACCCCAUGACCUCCUUCCACACCUACACCAUCGAGUGGACCCGGGACUCCAUCGUCUUCUCCAUCGACGGCAAGGCGUACCGCACCGCCACCCCGGCCGAGGGCAACUACCCCCAGACCCCGAUGCAGCUGAAGCUCGGCACCUGGGUCGGAGGAAAGGGCCCCAACCAGGGCACCAUCGACUGGGCCGGCGGCCUCGCCGAGUGGGACAAGGCCCCCUUCGCCGCCCACUACCGCUCCGUCAAGGUCUGGGACUACGCCGGCGGCGACAAGGCCGGCGCCACCUCGUACGAGUACAAGCCCGGCUCCGACGGCUCCUGGCAGACCAUCCAGGUCAACGGCAAGGGCGAGUACGUCGGCGACGUCAACCGAGACGGCCAGCAUAAGGAGCAGCCCCGGCAGCGCGCCCCGGUCCCCCAGGUCCCCCAGACCGCCAGUCCCUCCCGCGCCGCUGUUAACGCCACGGCCACGGCCGCCUCCAACGCUACCACCGUCACGAGGCAGACCUCCGGCGCCGCCGCCGCCGGCACCGGCACCGGCACCGGCAUCGCCUCCCCGAGCGGCCCCGCGCAGUCGCCCAUCCCGGCACCUGCAUCCGCGUCGACGCUGCAGGCCGGCGUCUUCAUCGCCUGCGCCGCCGGCUUCUUCGCCGCCAUGAUGCUGUAA